AUGCCUCCAUCAGAGAAUCAGUGCAGCUUUCACAUCGAGAGUGUCUCCUCAGGCUCAGGGCAGCAACCAUUCCUUAACGGAGACAAACCAAGCUUUGUGCCACCGCCACCUGCCCUCGGCCUCAACGGACAUAUCGAUGGCCAAUUGAAAGGCUGGAGAGAGACUUUGAACGACGACGACUUUGCCGUGCUUGCUCUGCGAAACUUGAUCUUCGAUAUCUGCAAUCAAAAUGGAGGCGGCCACGGGGGAUCAGCCAUUGGUAUGGCGGCCAUCGGGCUAGCCCUGUACAAACAUGUCAUGCGUUACAACCCCAACAACCCCAGCUGGUUUGACAGAGACCGAUUUGUGCUUUCAAACGGCCACACCGCCAUGUUUCUUUAUGCACUCAAUUAUUUGGUUGGAUAUGACAACUUUUCCAUGAACGAGAUCAGAGGAUAUGGAAGUGCCAAAACAAACGGCUACAAGACAAUUUGCCACGCGCACCCUGAAAUCGAAGUUCCUGGAGUGGAAGUCACGACAGGCCCCUUGGGCCAAGGCAUCGCCAAUGCUGUCGGCCUCGCCAUCGCAUCUAAACAUCUCGCGGCGCGCUACAAUCAACCAGGACUUGAUGUCGUGCAAUCGAGAAUAUACUGCAUGACUGGUGACGGGUGCCUCAUGGAGGGGGUUGCUCUCGAGGCUAUCUCCCUCGCUGGUAGUAUGCAGCUCGACAACUUGGUACUGAUUUACGACAAUAACCAAGUAACCUGCGACGGACCGCUUGACUGGAUCAACACUGAGGAUGUCAAUGCAAAGAUGCGCGCCUCGGGAUGGCAUGUUUUGGAGAUCGCCGAUGGCAACCACGAUGUUAGUGCAGUGGUCUCAGCGCUCAGAUUCGCAAAGUCGUUGAAAGGCAAGCCCGUCUUUAUCAACAUACGGACAGUCAUCGGCCUGGGUACCAAUGUCGCUGGUACUUUCAAGGCUCAUCAUGGUGCAUUUGAUGCCGAAAGUGUGGCCUUGUCGAAGCGCUUAGCUGGACAAGACCCAACAGCUACGCAUCAAGUCCCACAACCGUCUCUGGACUACUUUCGCGAGCGAAAGACGCGCAGAAAGGAGCUUGAAGAAGAGUGGAACAGCAUGUUACAGAAGUAUGCAUCGGCGUACCCGGAGAAGUCAUUGGAGUUCCAUGGAGCCAGAAAUGGCGACCGCGGGACUGAAGCACCUCAAAUGCUCAGUGAAAUCGAGGCAGGCCAAUUCGAGGGGCUAGCAACUCGUGAGGUCAACGGUGUUCUUCUGGAAAAGCUCUGGAAAUCCUGCCCGACUUUAUUUGGCGGGGGCGCCGAUCUCGUCAACUCAAACAAGGUCCCUUACCUCGAAGCCGAUGUAUGCCACCCGUCUGUCAGCUAUGCAGGGCGUUACAUUCGAUACGGAAUUCGCGAGCAUGCAAUGGCAGCAAUCUCCAACGGACUGGCUGCAUAUGGGCCUGGCACGCUUUUGCCAAUUACUGCAACAUUCUUCAUGUUUUAUCUCUAUGCCGCACCUGGCGUCCGCAUGGGGGCCUUGAGCCAUUUACCGGUCAUUCACAUCGCCACUCACGAUUCAUUCGCCGAGGGACAAAACGGCCCAACCCAUCAACCAGUUGAGAUCGAUUCCUUGUAUCGCGCGAUGCCUAAUCUUGCGUACAUCAGGCCUUGCGAUGCGGAGGAAACAAUCGGGUCUUGGAUGCUCGCAUUGAACAACCGCGAGGGCCCAACGAUGUUAUCCCUAGGAAGAGAUCCGACUGGCGUAGUGCCGUCGACUGAUCGAUUUAAGGUCGCGAAAGGGGCAUAUGUCAUCGAAGAUGUGGCUGGAGCCAAGCUCACUCUGGCCAGUUGCGGUACAAAUCUCCAUUAUGCCGUCGAGGCCGCGAAAACGCUAUCUACUUGUGGCGUUCCAACUCGUGUUGUCAGCUGUCCCAGCUUCACCCACUUUGAUCAACAGAGUAAGCAGUAUCGCCGCAGCGUUUUCCCUACGGACGGUACUCCGAUUGUGAGUGUGGAAGAAUACGUUGCAACGACAUGGGCAAGAUACGUCACAGCGAGUAUCAGCAUGGUUUCUUACGGGUACUCCGCCUCUAACCCCAGCAACUAUGACCGUUUCGAACUGGAUUCCAAGGGCAUUGUGAAGCGUGUGCGAAGAUACUUGGAUGAUCUGGGGGAGGAAAAUGCGAGAAUGGCAGGAUGGAGACAAAUCUGA